CCGCCCCCCUCCCCCGCAGGCUUCCCUCGGGUCCGCUGCGCCCCGCCGCAGGCUUCUCUCGGGUCCGCGUCCAGGCAAUCUCUCCUGCAACGGAGCGACUGCUUCUGCAGACCCAGUGACUCAGGAACAGCGGCAACUUCCCAACCGAUUCCUCUUUAGGACCGGACACCCGGCAGAGAAAACUUCAUCUCCAAAGGAGAAUUCCUGAGCUAGAGCAGAGCGCAGCUGUGGGAAAACACCGGGAAUCCAGCAUGUCUGCUGACGUCUGGGUGGGAACAUGGAGACCCCACCGGCCCAGAGGGCCCAUCGCUGCUCUCUACAGCAGUCCCGGACCCAAGUACGGGCUCCCCACAAACGUAGGUUACCCCCUUCACGACCCCUCCCGCUAUCGAGCCCCUGCGUACAGCUUCGGCAUCCGCCGCCUCCAUCUGCAGGAUGAGUGCUCCCCGGGGCCCAAGUACAUGGUGCCAGCCAAGAUGACCAUGAAGGGCAAAGAUGGUAACCCUGCCUACUCCAUCUAUGGCCGUCCCAGGGAUCUGAUGCCCUUCCUGACCCCCGGGCCAGGUCGAUAUUCCCCAGAGAAGGCAGGGAAAUGGGCCUAUCGCUCCGCGCCCAUCUACUCGCUCGCCUCACGUACGAAGGAGUUUGCGAAUGACCAGACUCCAGGGCCUGCCGCCUACGGGCUCCCCCCAAUGAUUGGGCCCAAGGUCGUCAACAAGAGCUCUGCCCCAAACUAUUCCCUCCUGGGGCGCAGCUUGGUCGGCAGUUUCUAUGAGGACCUGAGCAAGACGCCAGGGCCCUGUAACUAUCGUGUGGUGGACCCCAGCGUGUUCAAGACCCGGGCCCCCCAAUACAGCAUGCUUGCCCGCAACAUGCUUCCUGGGGAUAACACGCAGAAACCAGGGCCUGGGGCACACAGCCCGGAGAAGUACGUCCAGCAGCGUGGCCAGACCUUUGGGAUCCGCCACUCCGACUACCUGGCACCCCUCAUUGUGGACGUGGUGGAUUAAGCGAGCAUGGUCGGAGGAGCAGAGGGAGCAGCUGGUCGCGGGCGUUAGAGAGAGGGACGGGCUGGACAAGAAUUGUGCAUUUGAAAAUUUUUGCUGACUUAACACUCUGUCCAGUCGCUUUUGGCGAGUCAGCCCCCAGCUCCUCAGGCCCAGGGAGACCCGGGGAGCUUGGGCCUGGCUCCUUUGGGCCGUUCAGCAGCGGCCAGACAGAGGAACCGGAGCAGGCCAUUGUGUGAGUGCUGAGCUCCAGGGGGUGUGUGGAAAGGGGGUGAGGCGAGGUCAGGCUGGCUGCAGCACCCCCGACAGACCAGACUGAUUUGCACUAGCCCCAGUAGCUCGGGGGCCCCCCUCACGUUCUGACUUUCACUCCUGGGAGAGAUCCAGUAACAGCGGCAGACACCGGGGUGGCCAACGCGCCCGCGCUCUCCUCUCCGUGGUCCCCUUCGGUGCUAGGAGACCUAGUGCAGCAACUGGUUCUCAUGCAAUGCAGCCCAGCCCACCAAUGCCCCUCGCUCUUGGCUUCUCUCCUGGGCCUCUGGUUAACAAUUGCUGGAUCCUUGCCCAGCGCUUUCUGCCUGCCAGUGAGGAGGUGGAAGGGUCUCAUUUAGACUGCUCUAUGCCCUCAUGUUUCCCCAUCAGCCCCUGGGAUUGUCCCUCUCUGAGUACAGGUCGCUGCCACCAUCAGCUACAAGCUAUUGUCCAGGGCUUUGUUCAGUCUAGGAAUGGGCUUCCCACCCGUCCCCUGGCUGGCCAGUUCCCUCUCCCCACCCAUCUCUCUUCCAGGGCAUCUUUCCAGAUCCUUGGCCUAAUUUCCCUUUGCUCAGUUUGAGCCCACUCCUCCAUAUCACACCCCCUUUAUCAUGCUGAUUCCUCUCCCUGUUCUCCUGCUGCCCCUUGGCUGUCCCUUAGCCAGCCUCAGCAGGGGUAGUGCUUUCAGCUUCCCCCCCUCCCCGCCCCACAACUCAGUGGCCCCCGGCCCCUCAGCAGUGUAGCUGCUCUUAUUUGAGUUCCCUCCACGGUGUUGACAUCUUUCUGGCGCUCAGAUCCCUGGAGCUGAGCACAAGCUGGGCUCUCCCUGGAGCUGUGCAGAGAGGGCCCCUGCCUGCGUUGGGAUGAGAGGCCCAGAGCUGAGUGUUCCCCAAGUUGCUUCUGCUGAGCCCCAUUCGCGACUCCCUGUCCCGCUCUGGUUUCCAUUUGCUGAACCUUUUCUGUCUUCCUUGUGUCAGGGGAAGGAUCCCACUGCAAUAUGCUGCCUGGUCUGGGCUCAUGCUGAGAUCACUCCAGAUAGAAAUUGGAUCCUCCUGCUCCAAAAACACAGACCCCACCCACUUGAGUGACAGGAGCUGUCCCUGUAAUGGGCUCACCAUACACCAUUGUGCAAUGCUGAUUCUGUCCAUUAGAGGGCAGUGCUCUCUCUAUCGUUCUCUGUGUCACACACUAGCUAGGUUUCAGAGUAGCAGCCGUGUUAGUCUGUAUCCGCAAAAAGAACAGGAGUCCUUGUGGCACCUUAGAGACUAACAAUGCAUCCGAAGAAGUGGGCUGUAGUCCACGAAAGCUUAUGCUCUAAUAAAUUUGUUAGUCUCUAAGGUGCCACAAGUACUCCUGUUCUUUUUACACACUAGCUAGUUCAUUACAGACACUAUAUAUUUAUACCCAGAUGUGGUUACAAUAACUACAUCCCCAUCCCUGUAGGGAAAUUGAACACAAAAACAAGCUCCAAGUGAGGCACAAACCACCCUAGAGGGUUCUGGGGAGGGAGAACCUGCUCUGGCUCACUAAGUAGUGGGGUAACAUAGGCCCAUAUGUUAGUAAGCUGACAGCUCUGUCUGGAGCGUUGUUUCAGUCUAAGUUGUAAAUAUCGCAAGUGAGCGAACUCCCACCCCUUCCCUGGGACACAAUUCACCAGCCCCAUAGAGUCAGAGAUAUUAAGGCCAGAAGGGACCGUUCUGAUGACCCAGCCUGAUCUCCCACCUAACACACGCUAGGGAACCUCAUGCAGUCGUUUCUGCCUCACGCCCAGAACUCCUGAUUAAGCUAGUGCAGAUCCUUUAGAAAGGCAUCCAGGUUUGACCCACUGUGUCCCUAGGUCAGAUGUUCCAAUGGUGAAUUACCCUCACUGUAAAACAUGGCAUCUUAUUUCUAGUCUGAAUUUGUCUACCUUCAGGUUCCUCCUUUGUCUGCCAGCUUAAAGAACUGUCGACAGUCAGAAAUCUCUUCCCCCUGUAGGUAAUUGUAGACCAUGGUCAAGUCCCCUCUUAACCUACCCUUGGAUAAACUAAAGCGGACAAGUUUCCUUAGUCUCUCGCUAUAAGACACUUCAACCCCCGAGCCCUCCGAGGGGCUCCCUGGAGCAUCCAGCCCUGCUCCACUGGACACUCGCAAGAUUCACUGCUCCCGAAGGAACAGCCCAGCCCACCUUACCAGCUCCACCUGAGAGCUCGGCACCGCUUCACACACAGCCCAUAGGCAUGUUUAGAGUGAAAACAAGCAGAGUUUAUUUAACAAACAGAUUCAAAUGGUAGCAAAUAGAAAUACUGGAAACAAAUGGUUACAUAUAAAAUAAAAGCAGAACCCGCAUUUUAAAACCUGGACGUAUUUAACUAACGCUCACCCAAAGUCCUUGCAGUGUUUUGCAGCCAGGCCUAGCUGUGCUCCGUUUUUCAUGAGG